AUGCGCAGAGCGUGGCGGGGAGGCGGCGGUGCGGGCGCUCCGGCGGCUGCGCGCGCCGGCGGCGGCGGCGGCGGCGGAUCGGUCCCGGUCCCGGUCCCGGUCCCGGCCCCGGCCCCGGCCCGCGCUCGCGGCGCCUCCGCUGCGGCCUGGCUGCGGGAUCCGUGCGCAGCGAUGGCCGGGCAGCGCCCGGGAGGCCGGUCGUCGCCGCCGCUGCUGCCGCUGCUGCUGCUGCUGGCCGGGCUCUCCGCCUGCGACGCCAGCCCCGCGGAUGACGGCGCGGGUCCGGGGGGACGGGGACCCCGGGGCCGCGCGCGGGGCGACGCGGGCGCCGACGACGCCGCGCCGCGCCACGACUCUUCCUACGGCACCUUCGCCGGCGAGUUCUACGACCUGCGCUACCUGUCCGAGGACGGUUACCCUUUUCCCACUGCUCCUCCUGUGGACCCAUUCGCCAAAAUCAAAGUGGAAGACUGCGGAAGAACCAAGGGAUGCUUUAGAUAUGGCAAGCCAGGCUGUAACGCAGAGACGUGUGAGUACUUCCUUAGCUACCGGAUGAUAGGGGCUGAUGUGGAAUUUGAGCUGAGCGCAGACACAGAUGGCUGGGUAGCAGUUGGAUUCUCUUCGGACAAGAAAAUGGGUGGAGAUGACGUCAUGGCCUGUGUGCAUGAUGACAAUGGCCGAGUCCGCAUACAGCACUUCUAUAACGUGGGCCAGUGGGCAAAGGAGAUUCAGAGAAAUCCUGCCAGAGAUGAAGAAGGGGUUUUUGAGAACAACCGUGUCACAUGCAGGUUUAAACGCCCCGUGAAUGUUCCCAGGGAUGAAACCAUUGUGGAUCUGCAUUUGAGUUGGUAUUACCUGUUUGCUUGGGGUCCAGCCAUUCAGGGCUCCAUCACAAGACAUGAUAUAGACUCUCCACCAGCUUCGGAGCGAGUUGUCAGUAUUUACAAGUAUGAAGACAUUUUUAUGCCAUCGGCUGCUUAUCAGACCUUCUCAUCUCCAUUUUGUUUGCUCCUCAUUGUUGCCCUGACCUUCUACUUACUGAUGGGAACCCCGUAACCAGGGAUACAAGGCCAGCAGAUUAAACAGAUUGGAAAACUUUUA